UCAAACCGGAAGAGGCAAAAGCCCGUCGGUUUCACACGAUGGUACUCAAGUCUGCUUUCAGUGAUGUGACCAUCCCUUCGGAGCCCCUCCACGAAUAUUUUGGUCGACUGUGGAGUCGUUUUCCCGAACGGAUUGCUUUAAUUGAUAACAUUACACAGGAGCGACUAAGCUACUCCGAGCUGUUGACGUACGUCAAAGAUAUUUCAGGAUGUCUCCAACAUGGAGGCAUCGCCGCUCAAACCCGUGUGCAGUAUUUCCUUAAGGAUUCUAUAAUUGCAUUUUGCGUAAUGCAGGCACUCAAAUUCGCCAAUGCUACUAUCGUACUUUGUCGACCUCAUCAGCAGAUGACCACACGCGAGUACGUGUACCAGGUGCGCGAUUCAGAGGUGAAUUUUAUUUUGUGUGAUGUUGACACUAUACAACUCGUUCACGAUACUGUUAAAGAGUACUCGGAUCUCAAGAGGAUUCAAAUAGUGUUUGUUGGAACUCCGAGUGAGUUAGACCCAUUUAAGGAGCACCUGAAUGCGGUGUUGCUGGACGACCUGCUUCGGAAUGGCACUCCCUGGACAGCGCCGCAAUGUGGAAAUGCAGCUUCCGAUAUUGCAAUUAUUACCUACACGUCGGGAACGACAGGAAAACCAAAAGGCGCAAAACACCCUGUCAAAAGUAUGACAGGUCAGUCGGAAAUGAUAGUCCAAGGGCCUGAGAUCUUUAAGGAGGGUGAUGUUUACCUUGUGGCUACAUCACUUUUUUACGCAUUCGAGGUGUCUUUCUCCGAGAUUACAUUGAACGUUGGCGGUACCGUUGUACUUGCAAGAACUGAUAUCAAACUUAACUUCCCUGAAAUCGUCGAGCGCAACAGGAUAACCGUUGCAAUUAUUCUCGAAAUUACUGGCCGAGCUAUCCUAGCUACGGCACCGAAGUUCCCGAACCACAAGGAACAAAUGAAGUCGCUGAGACUGAUGAUGUUCUGUGGAUCAGUGCUUCAGCCGAAGUUUGCCAACCUCAUGUCGGACUUCUUUAGUCCGUGCUUAUUCUCCAACAAUUACGGAAUGACUGAGAAUUUCGCCGUCUCAUUCACCGCCGUUGGUCAGUACAUGUCUUGCAGCGUCGGGCAGCCCCUUCCCAACAUUGUAGUUAGGGUCGUUGAUAUGAAUACGCGGGACGAAGUGCCCGAUGGCACUUUGGGUGAACUAAUGCUGAAGAGCGACUCACUCAUGACCGGAUAUUUGCACGAAACAAAGGACUCUCGUAAUAUCGAGGCGGACGGCUGGCUGCGCACCGGUGAUUUAGGCUAUAUUGAUGCAGUCGAUAGGUGCAUUCAUUUGGUUGAUCGUUGCAAGCAAAUAAUUAUUUGUAUGGAUGAUACGCUUUCUCCUGGGGAGCUUGAAGAAAUCCUUAGGGAACAUCCCGCCGUCGAGCAGGCCAUCGUAGUCGGCAUUCCACAUGAGGAGCUGGGAGAGGCGCCCACUGCGUUCGUUACUAUACGCGCUGGCUUUCAAGAGAAUAGCGCAUUAGCCAGUAAGCUUAAGGAAAACGUUGCAAAGCUUACUUCGACCUAUAAGCAUCUCCAUGGUGGAAUAUAUUUCUGCGAUUGGGAUCAGGUACCGAAAACCGGAAAUGGAAAAAUUUCUCGGCUUUCGCUCAGAGAUAAGUUUAUGAAUGGCGAAAUCGAAUGCCGCAGGCCCCAAUAAGGAUCCUACUACAGCAGUAGUAGUACUUCAUGUUCGUAUCGUUGUUAGAUAAUGCUACUUUGGAUGCACGCAUGAUCGCGUCCUUCAACACUAACUUACACGAAUAGCAGCUAUAGUAAGCUGCGAAUGAAUGUUACCGAAUUAUACGAGCCACGAACUCAGCCAAAUGUCAGCAAAAAAGAAUAAAAUGACUGUGUUGCUGGGAUACCUCACGUCUUGCGAAAUUCAGUUUUAUGGAUAGCCCCUUGAGUGCCCGCUCACGGCAACAAUAGCUCACUAGAUUACCAAAAUAUAUGCUAAAUAUUGCUUGUUGUACACAUGGUACUUCUGUGUGAAACCAUAUCAGUCCGCUUGUUAUGUUGAAUUUUCGUAAUAUGACAGCCGUGUGCUAAAAUCACUCCAAAUAAAAAACGA